AUGGCGGAAGGUCCGCGCCAAUUUCACAUUGGGCCUGAUGGUUUACCUUCCAUUCAAAGGGCAAUUACUUCAAUGCAAGAGAAAGGAAUGGAAAAUGAUCCCAGAUAUUCACAACUAGUUGCUCUAUCUCGUUCAAUACAAAAUAAUGGACCCCGAUCCUUUCCUGUUCCUAACGAUGCCUGUAUUUAUCAAAGUGGUCAAGAACCCAACCGCUUAGGUCAAAUAAAGAAGACUACAGUGGACAACAAUAACAAUAAAGGUAGUAACUUUAGCGCAACGCAGUUACAACAAUUACGAGCUCAAAUCUUGGCUUAUAAGACGCUAGCGCGCAACCAGUCAUUGAAUGAUAACGUCUUAGACCUAGCAAAAGGUGAAAUGUCCAGUCACCAUUUACAGCAACAACAAAAUGGAAAUUCAUCAUCGAUUAAAGCAAUGCCGUUGACAACACUACAAGACAUGCAAAACAAUGUUCCAACUACGUCAGUGAAUUCACCUGCACAAACAGUUUCUAAUCCUUCACUCAAGAAAUCACAAAUAAAUGCUUCCGCUACGUACUUAGCAUUGACAGCCAAUCAAGAUAAGGGCAAUAAACUAGCUCCACUUUCGAAACCAUCGGGAAUCGAUCCAAAAGUUAUUUAUGAAGAAAGGAAUCAUAGAUGUAAUGCUCGAAUAAUGCAACGAAUUGUCGAAUUACAAAAUUUACCUGAUGGACUUAGUAAAGAAAUGACAAUGCGCGCCAAAAUUGAAUCAUUAGCUCUAAAGCUAUUAAAUUUUCAGCGCAAGCUACGAACGGAAGUUGUAGCUUGCACUAGAAAAGAUGCAACCUUAGAGACAACUAUAAAUCCGCGACUUUAUAAACGUACUAAGAGACAUUCUUUAAGAGAAGCUAGAACUACGGAAGAGUUAGAGAAACGACAACUCAUGGAACAGGAACGAAAGAAACGACAGAAGCAUCAAGAAUUCUUAAACAAAGUCCUUCAGCAUGGUAGAGAUUUCAAAGAAUACCAUCGAGCAACUGCUAUUAAAGUGAGCAAAUUAAGUAAAGCUGUAGCUUUGCACUAUGCUAACAGCGAACGAGAACAAAAGAAAGAAAGUGAGCGCUUAGAAAAGGAGCGAAUGAGAAGACUAAUGGACGAAGAUGAAGAGGGAUAUCGGAAACUAAUCGAUCAAAAGAAAGAUUCGCGUCUGGCUUAUUUAUUAUCUCAAACUGAUGAAUAUAUCGCGAAAAUGACUAAACUUGUGGUACAGCAUCAAAAGCAACAAAAUCAAAUAAUAAGACCCGAAAAACCGAGACGCAAAGUUGAAAAUGAAGAAGCUGACCGUAUUAAAGGUAAUGGUACGAAAACUUCGGAAAUAAGCACAUCGGGAGUAAAUUCUCCAUCAGAAAACUACUCUGAGUUUAAACAGGUCUUUUUUAGUUAUGCCUAUAAGUCAGAUGGCGAAAAUAAUACUCCUAAGAAAGAUAAAGGAAGCAAUGCGGGUGCCAAAAGUAUCUUGAAAGAAGAUGAUGAAUACAAUGUGUCAGGCAAUGCAAAGAACUACUAUAGUAUAGCUCAUAUGCAUCAAGAAGAAGUACGUGAGCAACCCAAAAUGUUAAUCAAUGGAACUUUAAAAUAUUAUCAGCUCCAAGGUUUAGAGUGGCUCGUUUCCCUUCUUAAUAAUAGUUUAAACGGUAUUUUAGCGGAUGAAAUGGGUCUUGGUAAAACGAUACAAACGAUUGCCUUGUUAGCUUAUCUUAUAGAGAAAAAGAAUAUGACUGGCCCAUUCUUGAUUAUUGUUCCUUUAUCCACUUUAUCUAAUUGGGUAUUUGAAUUUAACAAAUGGGCGCCAGCCAUCGUUAAAAUAGCAUAUAAGGGUUCACCUUUGAUACGUAAAGCUAUGCAUCCUAAAAUAAGAUCUGGAAGGUUUAAUGUUUGCUUGACAACGUACGAAUAUGUGAUUAAGGACAGAAGUGUGCUAUCGAAAGUAAAAUGGAAAUAUUUGGUAGUGGAUGAAGGCCAUCGCAUGAAGAACCAUAAUUGCAAGUUAACUCAAGUUCUAAACAGUGCCUACUUAGCGCCUCAUCGUCUUCUAUUGACCGGCACGCCUCUGCAGAACCAUUUACCGGAAUUAUGGUCAUUGAUGAAUUUCGUUUUACCAAGCAUAUUUAAAUCAUGUAACAGUUUUGAACAAUGGUUUAACGCUCCUUUUGCGACUACUGGAGAAAAGGUGGAGCUUAACGAAGAAGAGACUAUCUUAAUUAUACAACGUCUACACAAAGUUUUACGCCCGUUUUUACUGCGUCGAUUGAAGAGGGAAGUCGAGUCUCAGCUGCCGGAAAAGACUGAGUAUGUUGCCAAGUGCGAAAUGUCAGCCCUUCAACGAUUACUUUACGAUCAUAUGCAAAAACAAGGAGUUCUUCUGACGGACGGAUCUGAGAAAGAUAGAAAGGGUCAUGGUGGUACGAAGGCCUUAAUGAAUACGAUUAUGCAACUUAGAAAAAUAUGCAAUCAUCCGUUUCUUUUCCAACAUAUCGAGGAAGCACUAAGUGAGCAUUUUGGAAUGAAAGGAGGACUAGUUACAGGUGUCUUAAUAUUUUGUCAAAUGACGAAUUUAAUGACUAUUAUGGAGGACUAUUUGGUUUGGAGAGGCUUUCGUUAUUUGCGUUUGGAUGGUACAACCAAAGCAGAAGACCGUGGUCAAUUGCUAGCACUUUUCAACGCAGAAAAUUCUCCAUACUUUAUCUUUCUCUUGAGUACUAGGGCUGGAGGAUUAGGACUAAAUUUACAAAGUGCUGAUACUGUCGUCAUAUUUGAUAGUGAUUGGAAUCCUCAUCAAGAUCUUCAAGCGCAAGAUCGUGCUCAUCGAAUUGGUCAGCAAAACGAAGUUCGUGUUUUACGAUUAAUGACUGUACAAAGCGUCGAGGAAAAAAUACUUGCUGCUGCUAGAUAUAAGUUGAACGUUGACGAAAAGGUAAUUCAAGCUGGAAUGUUCGAUCAAAAAUCAACUGGUAGAGAGCGUCGCGCAUUCUUACAAGCUAUUCUAGUUCAUGAAACGUCGGAAGAAGAGGAAGGGACGGAAGUUCCCGAUGACGAUAUGAUAAAUCAAAUUAUCUCACGCUCAGAAGAGGAAUUCGACUUAUUUCAGCGCAUGGAUGUGGAAAGGAGAGAAUUUGAAGAUAAGGACCCUUUUCUGAAGAAUCUUGGACGUUUAAUGAUCCAGAGUGAACUCCCUGCUUGGCUGGUAAAAAAUGAACAGGAUGUCCAGAAACUAACUAUUGAAGAAGAGGAAGAAAAACUUCUAGGACGAGGGUCACGUCAAAGGCGAGAAGUCGAUUAUACUGAUGGAUUGACGGAAAAGCAAUGGCUCAAGGCGAUUGAAGAUGGUAACUUAGAGGAGCUUGAGCUGAAGAAGAAAAAAAGAAAAUCGGAAAUAAAAGAAACGGAGUGUAGUGAAUCACCUCCACCACCACCACCGCCACCACCACCAGCAGUUGUUAAUAAGAAGAAGAGGGGUAGAUCAUUAAGAGAAGAUUAUGAUCCGAACCCUAAGGAAUUAGUCGAAGAUAUGAAAAAAUUAAUUCGAACCGUUGUAAAUUAUACCGAUAGCACUGGUCGUCGCUUGAGCGAGAUAUUUAUGGUUUUACCGUCUAAACGAGAUCUCCCUGAUUAUUAUCAAAUCAUCAAGAAUCCAAUCGAUAUCAAAAAGAUUAAGGAGAGAAUAAACAUGCAUCGUUACAGACAUAUUGAUAACCUGGAGGAAGAUGUUUUACUAUUAUUUCAGAAUUCUAGAAUUUAUAACAUGGAAGGUUCUCAGAUAUAUGAAGAUUCUUUGGUGCUUGAAAAUGUCUUCUUAGAAGCUCGUGAAGCUCUAACUGGAAGUGCUAGUGCUAGUGAAGAUAGCUUUGAAAGUCAAAAUUACAAGCAGAAUGAUACGGAAGAAAAUAAUAAAGAAGGUCAUAUUCGGCUGAAACUCAAGAUUAAAGAUAUUCCUGACGUUAAAGUAUCGUCAUCUUCCGCCAGAAAAAGACGCAAUCGAGGACGCCCACGUCUGUAUGAUGAAGAGGAUAAUGACUAG